AUGGCUUUCAAGGCAGUGAAGCCUGAAAAUGCCCAUGAGGGCGCUCUUGCCAUUGGGGAUGGAGGGAUAGAACAUAACAAGCAAUCCAUGGACCGCCAAUUUGGGAUCUGGAGUGCUGUAGCGCUCGGUGUUAUGUGCGGGUGCGCCUGGCCACUGUUUGGCGGAACUAUCGUCAUUUCUCUGUACAACGGUGGGCCUCCUGGUGUACUUUAUGAGCUCAUUGCUAUCGGAGCAGUGUACUUCGUGGUCUCUGCGAGUAUCGCCGAGCUGGCUUCCGCUAUACCUUCUUCCGCUGGCGUCUACCAUUGGGCUGGUAUUCUGGGUGGCCCAAAGUAUGGGAGAGUGGUCGGAUUCUUCGCUGGAUGGUACAAUUGCUGGGCCUGGAUAUUUUCGACCGCUGCAACGUCGUCCAUAUCUGCGGUCCAGCUCGUGUCAAUGUACGCUCUGUUUCACGACGACUACCAGUCUGAACGCUGGCAUGUUUUCGUCGCAUACCUACUCUGCUCUUGGAUCUGCGCAUCGACUGUCAUCUUUGGACAUCAUCUCCUGCCACUCUUGAAUCAAGUUGGGCUUUUCUGGGUAUGUGUCGGUGGCUUCAUCACAAUCAUCGCGGUCGCGGUUAUGCCAUCAACGACCGGCAACGGCUACGCCAGCAGUCAUCAAGUCUGGGCCGAGUGGCAGAAUGAUACUGGCUACUCCAGCAACGGCUUCGUCUUCCUUCUCGGCCUUCUGAACGGCGCGUUUGCUCUCGGAGUUCCAGACUGUGUCUCACACAUCUCGGAGGAGAUCUCAAAUCCGUCCCGCAUGGUUCCUCAAGCCAUCUUCGCGCAGGUGACCAUUGGCUUCUUCUCGACUUUCGUGUAUCUGAUUGCAGUCUUCUACGCCGCCCCAGACCUGACGGCGGUAACGGAUGCAGCCUCGAUAUUUCCAAUAGCCGAUCUCUACCGACAAGCCACUGGAUCUAAGGCAGGAACCCUUGGCCUGCAGUUGCUGAUUUUCCUGCCCUCCUUCUGGGGCAUACUCGGACCUAUGUCACAUCAGGUCGAACAUUGUGGACUCUCGGACGCGACAAUGCCGCCCCGUUCUCCCACUGGUUAG